AUGAAGAUAGCCAAUUGGUGUUCAAGUAUCGAGAAAGGUGAUUGCUUUGACUACGGAGGAGGAGAUUCAGCUUCUGUUGACAUACUUGAUGUUUUGCCGUCUGAUCCUUUUGGCAUGGAUAUCAACAACACGUUCACCGCCAUUACUGGAUGGCUUGAGGACUUGGAAGCUGAUUAUAGCCAAUUCGGAAGAGAUGAGAUUGGGAUUGGUGAUGGGAAGAAUCACCAGCUGUUUGCUGGAUUGAGUUUCAUCUGGAACAAUGCAAUGCGGUUUCAGGAGUUCCCUGAGAGUAGUAGUUGUGUGUACAAUAGUAAUGUAUCGGAGCCGUUGGAUCGAGGGUUUGAUGGUGAUGGAUCUUGUCACGGUGCCUUUGUUUCUGCUAGUAGUGUUGAUGAGGUGUUGAAAGUGGAGGAAGUUGUAGGAAGCAGCAGUGAUGGAGGAGAGGUUGCUGCAAAUGUUCAUCCAGCGUUUGGUUUUUGUCUUUAUCACUUGGGAGUGAAGGAUCUUCUCUCGGUGAGUAUGGUGUGCAAGUCUCUGCACACGACUGUCUGUGACGACUCGCUUCUGUGGAAACAUAUCCACAUUUGUCAACCGUUGAGUGAGAAGUUCACGGACGAGGCUCUGCUGCAUAUGACUGAGAGGGCUCAGGGGACUAUGCAGUGUUUGAGGCUCGUUGAUUGCUCGAGAAUCACAGAUGAUUGUCUUAAGCAGGUAUUGGAGCGCAACACACAAAUAGUCAAGCUUGGCGUGCCUGGAUGCACAAGGAUCACUAUAGAUGGUGUUUUGAGCGUGUUGAGGGAUCUGAAGUCUGCAGGGAAGCUUCAAGUGAAGCAUUUAGAGAUUGGUGGGCUCUUUGGAGUAACUAAAGAGCACUAUGAUGAAUUGUUCGACUUGUUGGAGAUAGAGGAUAAUGUCUCCAGCCAGAGUUUUCAGGGGAAGCCACGUUUUUACCAUAGAGGAGAGACGUGUGUGUCGUGCGACUGCGAUGAUGACCGGGUGCUGGAUAUUGAGAUGUGCCCGAAGUGUCAGAACUCGAGGCUUGUCUAUGACUGUCCAGCUGAAGAUUGUAAAGGGAAGAAGGAAGGCUCUGAGGAGUGCCGUGCUUGUUCUCUCUGCAUUCAGAGGUGCUUUCAGUGUGGUCGUUGCAUCAAUGAUAGUGAAUACGAAGAAACGUUUUGUCUUGAGUUUUUGUGUUCUGAUUGUUCCAAUCCUGACCCUAAGUUACCUCUCGAGGGAUGA